GUUCGAUUAAUCCGUUACCAGUUUGAGUACAGACGUUCUUGUUUGUCCAUUUUUGUCUUGAAUUUGGUAGGGAAAUAUUUUAUCAUCGCAGUGAUUUAUGUCACAAAAAAAACUUUUAUACUAACACGUUUGACCAAACAUGGACAAUGAAGAUAUUUGGAGCGCGACGAAAACUAAGGGAAGAGGCCGGGGAAGAGGACGGGGCCGUGGCCGGGGAGCUGCUGUCGUAGCGCGCGCCGAAGACCCCGACUGUGUCCGUCAGCCAGUUGGGCGUAUCCCUGACGGUGAAGAGACACCUCCUCUCAUCCCAUCCUCGCCGUUAGGAACGAAUCCGAGUGGAGACGAUCCACCGAACCCAGCGUUGGUAGAAGCGGUACGGCGUCUGUCUCUUCAGACAACACCAGCCGACACAGCGGAGAGAGGCGGAGGCGAACACACCGGGCCUCAAGUUGUCACAAACUUCAUACGGUUCACACCUCCGGAGAGCUGGCUCCUCCACGUGUACGAUGUAUCCUUCACACCGGAAGUGGAUAACCGGAAGAGGCGGCGCUCGUUCAUAGACCAGUUAUUCGGUCCGAGAGCCGCCAACUACACUUGGCUGUUCGACGGUUUCAAGAUGCUUUACGUCACAACAAGGUUGAGCCAAACUCAGAAGACGUUGGAGAGGGAUGUUAAAGACUGGAGCGGGAAGAGAUACCGGGCCAAGUUCAUGCUAACCCGGGAGAUGGGACCGACAGACCCACAAGCCACGCAGUUUUACAACCUUGUCUUCAGGCAUUGCUUGUUGGACAAGCUUGGGUAUAAGCAGAUCCGCCGGUACUUCUACUGCCAGGAGGAUUCGGUACCGGUCCCGCAGCACAAACUGAGCGUGAUGCCGGGGUUCGACACCGCCAUCAUGUACCACCAGGGCGGCUUCAUGCUGUCCGUGGACCUGUCCUACAAGAUCCUCCGCGAACAGACGGCUUAUGACCGCAUGUACGCCAUCUACCUGAAGAAAGGCAAAGGCGACUAUAAAAGAGACAUGUGCCGAGAAAUGCUGGGGAAAGUUGUGACCACGCGUUACAACAACAAGAGCUACACGGUCGACGACAUCGACUUUGACCGAAACCCUGACACCACCUUUGAAAAGGAGGGCCAGAAGAUCUCCUUCUCAGAGUACUAUGCGCAGACCUACAACAGGAAGAUAUCGGACGUGCAUCAGCCGCUACUCGUCAGUAGGAGGAGAAAGAGGCGCCCUGGAAUGUCGGAAAAUGACGAGUUUAUCUACCUGGUGCCCGAACUGUGCUACAUGACGAAUAUUGAGGACACCAUGCGGCAGGAUUUCCGUGUCAUGCAGGACCUGGCUACCCACACGCGUCCUGACCCCGCCAAGCGGGCCAAGAUGGUACUGGAUCUGGUCAAGAAGCUCAACCGAACCCGAGCCACCAGAAACGAGAUGGAGAAGUGGGGCAUGAAGGUUGAACCCAAAUUGUUGAACGCACCAAAAGUGGAUCUGGGAAGGCAGACUAUCCUCAUCAACGGUCAGCCGUGUGACCCGGGCGCUAAGGCGGAGUGGUCGGGACACCUCAGGCGGACCCAGGUGAAGGGACUCCCGCUGCUGAAGACGUGGUUUGUCGUGUGUCCCGAAGCAAUCAUGGAGGCUGCCUCAAACUUCAUUGGAUUCUUCAAACAGGAUGCCCCCAGGAUGGGUUUCGAAGUGACAAACGAGAGAAUCGCCCGUCUGCCUGAUGACCGGGUCAUCACGUACGUUAGCACGUUGACCCAACUCGUUCAAGAGGUCAAGGACCUGCAGAUGUUGGUCUGCAUCGUGCCCAACGACAACAAGGAGAGGUAUGACGCCAUCAAGAAACUGUGCUACGUGGACUACCCUGUUCCCUGUCAGGUGAUAACCCGUGGCAAGCUGAGGGGCAACACGCAGAAGACGCGGUCCAUCUGUACCAACAUCGCCUAUCAGAUCGGCGUGAAGCUCGGCGGCGAGCUGUGGCAAGUCGACCUGCCCACCCCGGCCCGCAGCACCAUGGUGGUCGGCAUAGACGUGUUUCACGACUGCGCUGACCAGGCCAAGAAACUCUCGCGUGUAGGUUUCGUGGCCACGACUAACGCCACGUGGACGAGGUACUACUCGGCCACGGAGAAGCAGGGACAGGGGGAGGAGGUGAUACCGAGUAUCGGGAAGCUGUUCUACGCAGCCAUGAAGAGAUGGUACCAUAUGAACGGACAGAAGCUACCUGGACGGAUCCUGGUCUUCAGGGACGGUGUUGGAGACUCUCAGAUGGCCAUGGUUAAGGAAAUGGAAAUCAGUAAGUAA